AUGUUAACUGUUGAUCAGCAUUGUGUUAAGUCUCAGCAGGUCGCCAAGAGGUAUUUUCGGUGUGAAAAUCAACGUUUGAGAAGCUUGAGUCUCCGCGCACCCAAUGGACAUGGAAUACAACCCACCUUCCCAUACAAGAAAGCUUGCACUUCUUCAAAUGAGUACAAGAAAAUGAAACCAGUCAGUCGCCUGAUGAGAGAAGCGUCGAAUAUUCUGGUCAGUCACAUUGGGCGGGCAGUGGGAGGAUAAUACUUAAAGCUCUGGAUGAACCUUACAAAGCAUACUUUCCACACACCUUCGGCUUGAAGUCCGUCGACUUCUUAUUCGGCUUAAUGUAAUUAUAGUUAAGUACUAACGGGUACCCUGGUGAGGUAAGGUUCCUCCCCUUUUCCUUUUCCUUUUCAAUGGGUUACUUUGCAGGUUAUUCGGUCAUUAAUUGGCUCAACUUCGUUCAGCAGUUUCUAUAGUUCGGCUGUCUACGAUGUUUUUUCGGCUGUUAUUGGAAUGAGCCACGUCUCCGUCAUCGUCAUCAUCAUCGUGGACGUCAUCGCAAGUUUCUGCCUAGUUGCGCCAAAUUCAAUUAAUCUGUCACACUUCACUUGCCAGACUAAACGCUACGCAAGUGAAGCUUUUAUUGGUAAGGUUCAACCAGAUUUCUAUUAA